UGACCACCUUUCUGCGUAGCGUUCGCGUUUGUCAAUCAAUUAAUGGUCGUCGACCAACAGAAACAAAAUUCUUUUGACACAUUCAUAAAAAAAAUAACAAAUAAUAAUUUUUAAAAUAAAAAGAAGUAAUUUUUGAGAAUAAUAAUUACUAUUAAUUAAUUAACAAUGAAUAUGUUUGGAGGAAAAAAAAGUAACCUACCACCUCGACCAAGUCUUCCUCUAGGAGAACAAAUUAUGGAAGACCUUCAAAAUGCAAAAUCUAAUGAUGUCGCAUUUAAUAUUAAUAAAAAUGAUAAUAAACAAUACAAUUUGCAUUUCCCGACGAAUGUCAACGAUGCUGAAACAAUAUACCGCCAAGCCCGGAGAUAUGUAGAUGGAAUUGAGCAAUUGAAAGUACUCUCUGAAAGUCUUAACCAAGAGCAAUCAGCUCUUCAAGUCAGUUACGAAGAAAUCGUUAAAUUAGCACAAGAAAUUCGUGAUCAAGCACAAGCUGUUCUCGUGAAUUAAUUUAUAUUUACAUUUUUUAAUAACAAACUAUACUUAUAUUGUUAAAAAAAUUGACUCUUACCACCUAAAUAUUAUAAAUUUCAUCCUAAAAACAAUUAGUAAAACUUGUUAAGUUUUCAGUUCUGAAAUUCGAAAUUCCCGCUCAGUACCGCAGUCAGCUGUUCCCAACAACAAUUCUCUAUUUUGAUUUACGUCAUAUAUUUUAUAUAUUUUCAUUUAAACAAUUAGUUUCAUGAUAGUGCUUCAAGAAUUAAGUUAAAAAAAAUGUUCAAAUUUAUCAAACAGUGUCCGAAGUUUCGGUUAGAAAAUUUAGG